AUGCUCACAUUCAAUGGCUCAGUCUUCAUGCCCUCUGUCUUUACACUCAUUGGGAUUCCUGGCCUGGAGGCUGUGCAGUGUUGGAUUGGAAUUCCCUUCUGUGCCAUGUACCUCACCGCUGUGACUGGAAAUUCCUUGAUUUUGGUUAUAAUCAAAUCUGAAAACAGCCUCCAUAUACCCAUGUACAUUUUAUUGGCCAUGUUGGCAGCCACAGACAUGGCACUUAGCACUUCUAUUCUUCCCAAAAUGUUAGGCAUCUUCUGGUUUCAUUUGCAAGAGAUUUCUUUUGAUGCUUGCUUGCUGCAAAUGUGGCUUAUUCACUCCCUCCAGGCAAUUGAAUCUGGGAUCCUGCUGGCGAUGGCCCUGGAUCGCUAUGUGGCCAUCUGUGACCCCUUGAGACACGCCACCAUCUUUUCCCAACAACUCUUAACUUAUAUUGGAGUUGGGGUAAUAUUCAGGGCUGCCAUCCUUAUAGUACCUUGCUUGGUACUUAUCAAAUGUCGUCUUAAACUCUUCCUAUCUACAGUCGUCUUUCACUCUUACUGUGAGCACAUGGCCAUUGUGAAGCUGGCUGCUGAAGAUACCCGAGUCAACAAGAUACUUGGCCUAUUUGUUGCCUUUGCAAUCCUAGGGUUUGACAUAAUCUUUAUCACCUUGUCCUAUGUUCUGAUUUUUAUCACUGUCUUUCAACUGCCCCAGAAGGAGGCACGAUUCAAGGCCCUAAAUACCUGCAUUGCCCACAUUUGUGUUUUCCUACAGUUCUACCUCCUUGCCUUCUUUUCUUUCUUCACACACAGGUUUGGUUCUCACAUACCACCAUAUGUGCAUAUCCUCUUGUCAAACCUUUACCUGUUGGUCCCACCCUUUCUCAACCCUAUUGUUUAUGGAGUGAAGACCAAACAAAUUCGUGACCAGGUAGUGAAAAUGUUUUUCUCCAAAAAAGUAACUUGA